UGAGAGGAAGGAGCUGCCGGGGGGAAGAGGUGGAGGUGGUGCAGGUGGUGCAGGUGGUGCAGGUGCCAGCGCCAGGAAGAUGCUGGAGUUGCUGCUGGUCACACUGCCCCUAGCUCUGGCCGCGGAGAGGGACAUUCUCAACAUCUGCAUGGAUGCCAAACACCACAAGGUGAAGCCUGGUCCCGAGGGCCGACUCUACAAGCAGUGUGAGCCAUGGAGAGACAAUGCUUGUUGUACAGCCAACACCAGCGUGCACGCACACAAUGACCAGUCGCACCUCUACAACUUCAACUGGAAUCACUGUGGCACCAUGACGGAGAAAUGUAAACGGCACUUCAUCCAGGACACCUGUUUGUACGAGUGUUCGCCCAACCUGGGCCCCUGGAUCCAACAGGUGGUUCGGUCGUGGCGUAAGGAGCGUGUCGUUGGCGUGCCGAUCUGCAAGACGGACUGCGAGGAGUGGUGGGAGGAUUGCUGGGACGACCGCACCUGCAAAUCCAACUGGGCGAAGGGCUGGAACUGGACCUCAGGCAUCAACCAGUGCCCAGUGGGCUCCGAGUGCCGGCCGUUUGGCGAUGUGUUCCCCACCGCGAGGGACCUGUGUGAGAAGGUGUGGAGCAACUCGUUCCGUUGGACAGAUCACCCGCGGGGCAGUGGUCUCUGCAUGUCCCUCUGGUUCAAGGCCGGCCUCAAGCCCAACCCCAACCAGGAUGUGGCACGUCACUACGCCCUGCAGAUGGGCCUCAUCUCCUGCAGCAGCCUGGCAUGGCCCAGCCCCCUGCUGCUAGGCCUCAGCCUGCUCCUCUCCCCCUCCCUCUCCCUCUCCCUCUACCUCUCCUAGCCCACACCCUCUCCCCCUCCCCCUCCCGCUCCUAGCCCCUACUGCAGCCUGAGGUGAGGGGUUGGGGUGGGAGGGGGUCUCGGGCCCAGCUACCCCCCUUCCCCCCCACCUCACUGCCGCCACAGACUCUUCCGCUCGGUGUAACCGAUGCACAAACACUUCACCGGCUGCGGUAACGGUGAAACGGCAGAGCUGCAGGUCGACAUAGAUAUAUAUAUUUUUGAGGGGGGGUCCUGUUUUUGUACAGGGAGGGGGUGGAAACUCUUCCCCCCCCCCCUCCCCCGUCACACGGGACGUCCCGAGACUAGUCGACGAGUCGUCACGGUUACGCAAAGCCCCGCCUCUGCGCCGCAAGAUCCCAGGAACAACGGAGAUUUGUACAGCACAGGCCCUUCGGCCCAUUAACCCCAUGCCAGCCUGCUCACACCCCCCCCCCCCCCCCCCGAAGAACAAUCUCUGCCUUAUAAUUACCCACUGACUUGUGGCCUCCACCGCCGUCUGUGGCAACGAAUUCCGCAGAUUCGCCGCCCUCUGGCUAAAGAAAUUCCUCCUCGUCUCUCUAAAGGUGCGCCCUUUAAUUCUGAGGCAGUGCCCACUGGUCCUGGACUCCUCCCACCGGUGGAAACACCCUCUCUGUCGAAAGCCUUUCGCUAUUCGUUUCAAUGCAGUCGCCCACUCACCCUUCUAAACUGCAGCGAGUGCAGGCCCAGUGCCGAUAAACGCUGAUCGUAAACUUUAACCCCACUCGUAUGUUCUCCGUCUGUUCAAGAGCGUUUACUCGGCAUUUGUAACGGCAACAGGACAAUGAAAUGCUGCAGAGCUGUCGGCAUGGUGAGGCAAAGACUCAACAAAUGAAUAUACAGUCAUCUGCAAUGUAACAAACCUAUAAUCAGUAAUAGACACACAACGCUGGAGUAACUCAGCGGGACAGGCAACUGCUCUGGAGAGAAGGAACGGGUGACGUUUCGGGUUGAGAUCCUUCUUCAGACUGAGUCGGGGGAGAGGGAGGUUCACAGAUAAGGGAGUGCAGCGUAGGUUCGCCAGGUUAACCUCCGGGAUGGCGGGACUGUCAUAUGCUGAGCGAAUGUGAGGUUAUCCACUUUGGUGGCAAAAACAGGAAGGCAGAUUAUUAUCUAAAUGGUGUCAAGUUGGGAAAAGGGGAAGUACAACAGGAUCUGGGGGUCCUUGUACAUGCUAUAUGUAAGAGGGAGUUAGAUGUGGCCCUUGUGGCUAAAGAGAUCAGGGGGUAUGGAGAGAAGGCAGGUACAGGAUACUGAGUUGGAUGAUCAGCCAUGAUCACAUUGAAUGGCGGUGCAGGCUCAAAGGGCUGAAUGGCCUACUCCUGCACCUAUUUUCUAUGUUUACAUCAGUCACUGAAAGUAAGCAUGCUUGGACAACAGGCAGUGAAGAAAGCGAAUGGCAUGUUGGCCUUAAUAACAAGAGGAGUUGAGUAUAGGAGCAAAGAGGUCCUUCUGCAGUUGUACAGGGCACCUGGAGUAUUGU